AUUGCUAAUCCAUACAUCGUUUUUGUUAUACUUAGAUAUCUUUACUAUGUCACUUUUACAACACGCUUUAUGUUUGAUUGACAACAAAACACACCACACAACGCUCCUUGCGAAAUUUUUUCCAGGCCCAACAUUAUCUUACGAACAUUUCUAGAUCGUUCUCCCAUUGCGCAAUAACAGAGUAGAAUUCCAGCUCGUGCUUACGUAAAGAUUCUCGAACGAUCGAGAGGGCGUUGCGAAAACUACAUAUACACACACACAUAUAUAUAUAUAAAACCCAAACAGAGUAUUGUGUAAAACGUGUCAAGUAUAGUGACAAAGAUUUGAAACUUGAGUUUUUCUGAAAGCGUAUUUAAAAAUGGCUUUUGCGCGUAACAUUGUACCUGUGCUGCUUGGGCGAGAUUGGUGGGACGCCUGGGAUUUUCCUAGUCGUAUCGCAGAUCAACAUUUCGGGCUUGGGCUUCAUGACAGUGAUAUUAUAACACCGACUUUGUAUCAUGGCUACUACGUACGGCCCCGGCGACAAGUAAGCUGUAAGGCAGGUGGCGGCCUCUCUCAGGUGAAAAACGAAGCCGAUAAAUUCCAGAUUUUACUUGAUGUUAAUCAGUUUGAACCUAACGAACUAAAUGUGAAAACUGUCGAGAAUUUCGUUGUCAUUGAAGGUAAACAUGAAGAAAAACCAGAUGAGCACGGCUUUAUAUCCCGACAAUUUGUACGACGUUACAUGUUGCCCAAAGAAGUAGAUCCGGAAACUGUACAAUCUUCCCUGAGCUCGGACGGAAUUUUGACGGUCGAGGCACCUAAGAAAGUCUUGGAAGGUGAGCAGCAAAAGGAACGAGUGGUACAGGUAGAAAUGAGCGAUAAACCGGCGGUGAAAGACGGCCAACAAGGACAGUAAAAAUGUAAUAUUUGCGCGUUUUCCCUUUAUACUAAAUCAGUAAAUGCUAGCCAUUACAGAUCACGCAUUCAAUGAUCUAAUGUUAAUUAAUGUGUAAUUAAUAAUUCAGUGCUUAAGUUACAACUAUAAGAGCCUAAACCUUUUGUCAUUAGCAUUUACAAAAAAAAAAAUUGCUUCUCGAUAUAAAACAGUCCAAUGUUUGUGUAAUUGUGUGUAUAUUUCUUCUUGUAUUAAUGGAAUAAUUGAGACUUAUUUAAGAAAUAAAGUUACUGUUUGAAUGUC